AUGGGCCUCAUCGGGCGACCCUUGAAUUGGGCCAUCACGGCCACGGCCGGUGCCGGCUUCUUACUGUUUGGCUACGACCAAGGAGUAAUGAGUGGCCUGUUGGCAGGCGAUGCAUUCACCCGCACGUUUCCCGAGAUGGACACAACAGAAUCAGGACAUGGAAGCGCAUCCCUCCAGGGCACGGUAGUUGCCAUUUAUGAAAUCGGAUGCUUCUUCGGCGCCUUAAUCGCCUUCGUCUUCGCCGAACGUCUCGGCCGACGACGAACAAUCAUGCUAGGCUGUGUGAUUCUCAGCAUCGGAGGUGCCUUACAGGCAUGUGCUAGUACAAUUCCACACAUGAUUGCCGGUAGAAUCGUAGCCGGUCUGGGCAAUGGUCUCAAUACAAGCACCAUCCCUGUCUGCCACUCCGAACUCAUGGUCGCCAGCAAACGUGGCAAAGGACUCUGCAUCGAGCUCUCCAUCACCGUAUUCGGCGUCAUGAUAGCAUACUGGGUGGACUGCGGCAUGUCCUACGUCCCCAACGACGCACAGUUCCGCUUCCCCCUCGCCUUACAAUGCCUCUUCGCCAUCAUCACCGUCAUAGGCAUACUCUUCCUCCCCGAAUCACCCCGCUGGCUCGUCGCUCACGACCGCCACGACUAA